AUGCUUGAUGAGCGCCAUACAAAACCCACCGGUUUUAUUCAGCACGAAUCGGAUAAGAAUUCCUACAGCUGGGGUCGAAUUGACGAGCAUAAUGUUGUAAUUGCGUCUCUUGCCCCGGGUGUCUAUGGUAUAACCUCUGCCGCUAUAACAACAUCGGGUCUUCUUGCUUCUUUACCUCAAAUUCGAAUCGGUCUUCUGAACAGUGAUUUGCGACUAGGUGAUGUCGUCGUAAGCAAGCCCAGUGGAACACACGGAGGAGUUAUUCAGUAUGAUAUAGGGAAGGCCACGGCUGGCGGAUGGGAUCGUAAGGACUGUCUAGGUCUACCACCUCAAGUGUUACUUAACGCCGUGACGCAUAUUGAGGCUGAGCAUAUUAUAGAUGAUUCUCGCAUCUCUGAAUUUCUCCAGGAUUUACCGCCAAAAGUGACACAGUCGAUAGAUGGUUAUGUUUAUCAGGGGUCCGAGAAUGAUCGUCUGUUCAAAUCGUCAUCCUACCACCAGCCAGGCGAUGACUGCAGUGUUUGUGAAACUGCUGAGCGGGGGUUCAGCGCAAGAAGCGCCCUGAUGAUGAGCCACAAGUCCAUUAAGGAACUAUUGGAUCAGGCAACGUCCUUGUUAAAGACGCGCAAAGAAGGGAUCAAAUCCUGGUUGAUGUCGCAAAGGAUAUCAUUUGCCUGGAAAUGGAAGCGGCGGGAUUGA